UCAUAUCUCACACAGCCAGUCUCGUUAAUCCUCUGGAGAAUCAAUGGCUGUAAUUGCCGGCCGGAUCCGCCGCAACGCGGCGGCGCGUGGGGUCACCAAGCUUACACUCCGAGGCUCCACAUUGGGAUUAGGAUGCUUCGUCGGUUCUCUGGUCGCCGUUUCGCUUUUCCUCACUGUAUCAUUUCUGUUCCCCGCUGCCUCCGACCACGCCGAUCUCGAAUCCGGCGUUGUUGGUAGUUCUUCUGGAUUCCGUCCUCCUUUUGGGAGAUCAAUUUUGGCGUUGAAGUCAGAUCCGUUGAAACCACGGCUAGAUCAGAUUCGCAAACAAGCAGAGGAUCACAAAGCUUUAGCAUUAUCUUAUGCUUCAUACGCCCGAAAACUCAAGCUUGAAAACUCAAAGCUUGUUAGAAAUUUUGUUGAUCUUUCUUUGAAUUUCACUGAGUUGAUGUCCAAGCCGUCGUAUCGAUCAUUGUUUGAAUCUGAUCGUAAUUUGUUUGAUGAGUCUGAGCUCAGACGAUUUGAGAAAGAGGUUAAGGAACGGAUUAAGUUAACCCGGCAAGUGAUUGCAGAGGCAAAAGAAUCUUUUGAUAGUCAGUUGAAAAUUCAUAAAUUGAAGGAUACCAUCUUUGCAGUAAAUGAGCAGCUAACAAAAGCAAAGAAACAGGGUGCUUUUUCGAGUUUAAUUGCUGCCAAGUCGAUUCCAAAGAGCUUGCAUUGCUUAGCUUUAAGAUUGAUGGAAGAGAGAAUUGCUCAUCCUGAGAAGUAUUCAGAUGAAGCAAAUCCCCCAAAGCCAGAGCUUGAGGACCCAAAGCUUUACCACUAUGCCAUUUUUUCGGAUAAUGUGGUUGCUGCAUCUGUUGUAGUAAACUCUGCAGUGAAGAACACAAAAGAGCCGUGGAAGCAUGUAUUCCAUGUCGUAACAGAUAAAAUGAAUCUAGGGUCUAUGCAGGUGAUGUUUAAAAUGAAAGAUUAUAGCGGUGCACAUAUUGAAGUGAAGGCUGUCGAAGACUACAAAUUCCUGAACUCGUCCUAUGUUCCAGUGCUGAAACAGCUCGAAUCUUCUAAGUUACAGCAGUUCUACUUUGAGAAUAAGCUUGAGAAUGCAACAAAGGACACGACAAACAUGAAGUUCAGGAACCCAAAAUACUUAUCAAUAUUGAACCAUCUCAGGUUCUAUCUGCCAGAAAUGUAUCCAAAUUUGCACAAGAUUUUAUUCUUGGAUGAUGACAUCGUUGUUCAAAGAGAUUUGACUGGGCUGUGGAAGAUAGACAUGGACGGGAAGGUGAAUGGUGCUGUAGAGACAUGCUUUGGAUCUUUUCACCGCUAUGCCCAGUAUAUGAAUUUCUCCCAUCCACUUAUCAAAGCUAGGUUUAGUCCGAAGGCUUGUGCAUGGGCUUAUGGGAUGAAUUUCUUCGAUUUGGAUGCUUGGCGGAGGGAGAAGUGUACUGAAGAGUACCACUACUGGCAGAAUCUGAAUGAGAACAGAACGCUCUGGAAAUUAGGGACGUUGCCCCCAGGUUUGAUCACUUAUUACUCCACAACAAGGCCACUGGACAAAUCGUGGCACGUAUUGGGGCUUGGAUACAAUCCAAGCAUUAGCAUGGAUGAAAUCAAGAAUGCUGCAGUAAUUCACUUUAACGGAAACAUGAAGCCUUGGCUGGACAUUGCCAUUGCCCAAUUCCGCCCUCUUUGGACCAAGUAUGUCGACUAUGAAAACGAGUAUGUGAAAGCUUGCAAUUUUGGUUUAUAAUUUGAUUUUAUUUUUAGCUCAAUUAAGCUGUUAAAAGUUGUGGGAUUAGCAAAGCUAAUUCUUCAACAACUUAGGAGGCUUAGCACUCUCCUUACACACAUUGAUCUCAUGUCAUGCUCACUCUAUUUUUUAGUAGUAAGUAUUUAGAUGUAUGCACUCGAAUCCAUGAAAUUAGAAAAGGGUUUUGUCCUCUUUGUGAUACCCAAUAUUGCCAAAAUGGAAUUUGCUCAAUAAUUUUUAUUUUUAUUUUUUUUCCCCA